UAUAAUCUCUGACCGCUGAAUUCAGCAGCAUAUGAGAUAAAGUUGCUCAUCCAGAUAGACAGAGAUGCUAGCUGGAGUUCUUCUUCUGAUAUUUCUGCCUCCCCUGGUAGCAAAGGAUCUUUGUAAAGACAGUCAAGAUGGAUUUAAAGUCAGACUCAGCAUUAAAACGGCCCUCGGAGAUGAUGCCUAUGAGUGGAAUGAGAGCGAGAUGUUUCUUUUCAGAUCUACUCUGGCGUAUGCGAUGAGGAAACAAACUAAACAAGACACGUAUAACAUUACAAACAUACUGGUGUGCAAUGAUACACAAAGAGUGUCGUUCGUGUUCGUGGUGACGUCACCAGGUGAUCCAGACCAACUGAUCCCCAAAGAACAAAUAGAAGAAGCAGUGAGGCAGAAUAAGCAUCGCAUAAACAAUGCAUUCCUGUUAUCGGAUAUGACCCUGGAGUUCGUGGGAAUCCCGCCGACACUGGCGGCCCCAAUCAUAUACGACACUGAACCCUGGCUCAUUGUGUUUGGGGUGGUCAUUGGUGCUGUGGCUGUGGGGAUCGUGGCUUUACUGAUGUCCACAGUAAGCAAAAAACGACGAGCCAAAGAAAAAGCUGCUGGUCUUUCAGAAGAGGAUGAAGGAAUAGUCAAAGAGAACGGAACCGCACUUUCAGGUCUUGGCGGGAAAGAAGGAGUCUAUAAUCAAACGUUCUCAAAUGACAACCGCUUCACCGAGCUGUAGACACUGAUGACAGCCAAAGUGAAAUAGUAAAGCCAUUCAGUAUCACUGAAUAACCUAUAAGAUGCUUCACAUAUAACAAAGAAUUUAUAGCCUCCUCUAGACUGACCUGGAAUGCACAGAAAUAAGAUUGAGUAUUUAUAUAUGACUUUGAGUUUUGCGGCUGUUAGUUUCAAAGCUAACACCGUGUCCUAAUCAAACGUGAUGCAAUGCCGUGACACAUGUUUUUGCCUUAAACAGCCGCGACAUGGAUUCGGUUUUAGAAAUGGAAAAACUGAUUUUUUGAUAAUUUUUUUUAGAAAUUGUUUAUUUCUGCAGCUGGAACAACAUACAAACUAUGACAAUGGUAAUCUCAGGAACUGAUUAAGUGCUUUAUUAUUAAUUUUAAAAGUGUCUAAUAUGACCUGGAAUAUAUA